AUUGUUGGAAAAAUGACUGCCAUACCCGUGGUAUGGUGUACCGAUCCCAAUUCGGUUAAUAAUAAGCCCACAGCAUUUGCUCUCCAUGGCAUUCAGUUGCAGGGGAAUGUGACCAAAAAGCAGGUUCAUGCCCUACGCGAAUUUGUCAAUGCGGCGGCUGAGGGACGUCUUAUCUUGCCAUCGGAUGGAACAUUUAUGCUCCUCGACAGUGGUGUUAGCAUUGAAAGCUCCAUAAUGGCCAAAAAGGAGCAGCCGCAGACACCAGUAAAUAAAAAUACAUAUAUAUUAAUGCCAGUGAAGGGAUCUUCUUCCUCUUCGGCAACGGCAACGAUGCCAUCAUCAACGAUUGCCACACCCUCGGCGGCAGCAGUUGCCGCUGCAGCAGCACAAUUGGAAUUUCUCUUGGAACCAAAAUAUUCCUCACCUCCACCAUCUAUGGUGGAUACACAUUUGAUCAAGGUGGGUGAUGAUGACGAUGAAGAGGAAGAGGGCGGCAACCGACGGAGAGCAGGAGAAGGUGAUGCUGAUGAUGAUAUUCUAUAUGAGUUUCUUUGCUGUGCCAAAUGCAUGAAUGAACAGCAUGGGGGACAACAACAUAACGGUAAUUCCUGUGCUGGACGUCGUCUGAAGAGAUAUCUUCGCCAUAGUAGUAAAUGCAAUUCAGACUAUGAUUUGGUGGUCAAUGACCUACCCAUAAUUAUGGAUGAUCCUGUAUGUAGCAUUGCCACAAAAUAUAAUCGACGCCAGCAGCGUUAUAAACAAUCUGGCACCAUAUCGAUGGGCAUUGCCCGCAAUCGUCCAUCGUCGUCGUCGUCCAGUAACAAUCGUCAUCACAAAUUACCCAUGCACAGUGUAAAGAUCUUUCAUAAUCGUAGUGCCAGCAGUAGUAGUUCAGGUAAUAUAGCCAGAGCUGCAACAAGUGGAGGUGGUGGAGUAGGAGGUGGCGGUGCUGGUGGUGGCGUCGGCGGCGUCAUCGUCUCGGAAUCGUCGUUGACUAGAGCGAAUAGCAAUAGCAAUGGGGCGUUCAGUUUGAUACCGACAGCCGCUCUGUCCACAUCAGAGCCGCCGCUUUACGCUGUGGUGAGCAAACGCGAAAAACAACAACGCGAAAUUCAAACAAAGACUGAACUAGUAGACAGUGGGAAACAACAACAAUUAGAACAACAACAGCAAUUGGUAGUGGAUGAAAUGCCAGCUGUAACUAUGCUCGCUGCAGUACCGGAAGAGCCACGUGAUUUGAUUAGUUUUGACGAGGAUGACAAUCAUCCUCAAUCGAUUGAAGGUAAUUUUCAACAAGACGAUGAAUGUGAUGCUAAUAUACAUCAACAUCAACAACAACCACAACAAAAUGUUGACCUAUUAUGCUUACCUAAUCAGGAUGAUGAGGAGCUUUUAGUAUUGGCCCAAUUGGUUACACCCCCACCAACACCACCAAAACCCCCAAAUUCACCUGGUAGUCAAAAUUCUAGUCGUAAGACUAGUUUCGAUUCCACCUGCACAUUAAGUUCCAUGGAUUCGGGUUUUAUGGAAAUGCAAAAUAAAUUAGAUGCUCUAGCUGCAGCAGCAGCAGCAGCGGCAGCGACAACAACCGCACCAACAGCAGCAGGAGCAACAACAACGACAAAUAUUGGCGAGAAAAUUGCUCGUCUUAAUUAUAAAGAAUGUUUAACUCAAUCGCGAAAUCGUCGUAAAUCUUAUGAAGAGUUCAAAGCCAUGUUUAAUGCAACGGAAGCAAUGGCCAAAGUGGAAGAUGACGCAACAACCAACAGCAACACUGUGAUACCAACAACAACAACAUCAUCAUCAGCAUCAUCAUCAGCAACAGCAACAGCAUUGGCAACAUCAGCCGCAGCAACAUUAGGGCUUGCCUCCAUUUCAGAACAAGAAACCACAAGCGAUGAAGGCGGCAAAAGUCUCGAGAGAGUUAAACCGGAUUGUGCAAACAAGUUUAAGUCAGAUGAAAUGGAUACCGGCGACGCUGACAAUACUGUUGUUGUUGUUGGUGUUGCUGCUGUUGAUGGCGAUCUAACAUUAACCACAGCAGCAACACAGCAGCAGCAACAACAGCCGCCACCACCGACGCCGCCAGCAACAACAACAACAACCACCACCUCCAACACCACAGAGGUUAUGCGUAAGAAUUCGGAUUUUCUAUCACAAAUUCUUGAUCAACAAUUUGCGGGCAAAGAGCAGAGAGCCAAGGCACACAAGCGUCGCACAUCGUAUGAGGAAUUUAAGCGUCUGGUUAAGGAAAUUCAACCAAGUGAAAUGGCGAUGGACUCACCGACCGCAUUGAAACGGCAGAAUUCGCGUCAACGUAAAAGUUUUGCCAGCUACUUUUUACCCAGACGCAACUCUUCGACCAAAGAACGAAAGACUGAACAGAAGCAGAAACACGAUCAAGAUAAGGAGCCCAAGAAAGAUGAGAAAGAGAUGGAAAAGAUGGAUAAAGAAAUGGAUUUAGAGCAGGAGAAAGAGAAUGUUGUUGUUUGUGAGCAGGAGAAGCAACUGCAAGCCUAUGUCAAGGGAUUGGCGGCACAUAAAAGUACCAACUCGCAGCAGUAUCGAAAGAAUUUUAAAAUCUAUGAUAAAUUGGUCUAUGGCACUAUCUAUGAUAUAAUACAGCGUAAAAAUGAUAUUUAUCAAUUGACCUAUCAGAAAUAUGAUAAAUAUAUGACCUAUGGCACGAUCUAUGAGAUAUUAUAUCGUAAAACGAAUACAACAACAAGCUCCUCCUCAACGUCCAACGCCUCGACCACAUCGCUAUCAUCGUCGUCAACAAACUCGGCCACAUGGCAACGCAAAAGUCUUAGUUCCAUUUUGGAACGAGAACAUGGUAAAUCGAAUGAUGUGAUCUAUGAUAUAGUAAAGAAAAAGCAACAGCAACAGCAGAAACAACAACAGUUGCAACGUCAACAAAGUGCUGUGACUAUCAUUAGCGAUGCAGAAAACUCCAAGGCUAGCAGUGCCAAUUUGGGACUAAUUUAUGAUAUUCUACAAGGAGAGAAAUUGGAUACCAUUGGAGAUUUAUCAAAGCAGAAGGAGGAGGAGGAGAACGAGGAGCAAAAGGUAAAACCAGUUGCAAAGACAACGCGCUUUGUGGUCAGCCAAGUGGAUGAGUUGCCGUCGGCAAUGGCAAUAACCGCUGAGGCGGAAGCCAACAACAGCAGCGUUGCUCCAAGCAAACAGACGCCAACUCAAACCAAGCCCCAUAAAAUGCGUCGUCUAUCCAAUAUCCUAAGUUAUAGCAAAUCAACCCAGCAGCCGGAUGAUGCCAACACAACAGAUGUUGCCCAAGAUCAAGUUGAUUCCACCAAAAAGAAACGCAGUCAAGCGAAAAGGCGCAUUGGUGUGACCAAUUUGCUAUUGCCACUAGAUUCCGAGGAGUUAUAUACACGGAUUAUAGCCCAACAAAGGCAGGCAAAUGACAACAACAGCGAUCCAGAAUGCCACCAGCAUCAUUCGCAUCCUCAUCAUCAUUCGUUGAUGAAAUCCAAUUCACUGGAUGCCAUCUCAAUGUCAGUUGUGAUAUCCCCGCCAGUCACACCCUCACCGCCACGGCCACGUCGCAGUUUGAAGCAACAUCGUUGCCUGCAGCAACAGCAACAUUUGCAGCUACAGAAUGCCACACGUCAACAACAGCAGGCAGCAUUAGUGCAAAAGAAAAAGCAUUCAUUAGACACUUGCCUCAUGACGGUGUCAGUGGAGGCCAAACCCCGACAGCCUUUACGUCGAUGGUCAAAUCAAACGCCGCUUAAAUGCAACUGCCCUGAAAUGCUUAGCCAUCAUCAGCAGCAGCUGCAGUUGCAGCAGCAGCAGCAGGAUGAAAAGGACUGCACUUGUUUACCCACUCAUGCUCUGACAUGUGUCAUUGAGAAAAGCCGCUCAUUGCCCGCCGCCGCCAACUCUUCCUCUGCCAUCUCCUCCUUGCAUAAGUGUAACCAUCUAAGUUGCCACCCAACCACAACAAAAUCCAAUGGCAGCAGCAGCAGCAAACCCACCAAAAAAGGCAAAUCGCGACGACUUUCGGAAUUUACGCGCGGUGAAUUUUUAAAUGAAAAAUCUUGGUACUUCCGCAAAAUCAAACGCAUUGAGGCUGAGAAAAAACUUCUACUGCCAGAGAAUGAACAUGGUGCAUUUUUAAUUCGUGAUUCCGAGAGCCGACACAAUGACUACUCGCUAUCAGUUCGCGAUGGAGAUACAGUUAAGCAUUAUCGCAUCAGACAAUUGGAUGAGGGAGGCUUCUUCAUUGCCAGACGUACAACAUUCAGAACCCUGCAAGAGCUCGUGGAGCAUUAUUCCAAGGAUUCGGAUGGUCUCUGCGUCAAUUUAUGCAAACCCUGUGUACAGAUUGAGAAGCCCGUGACUGAGGGUCUCUCACAUCGAACCCGCGAUCAAUGGGAAAUUGAUAGAACUUCCCUGAAAUUUGUACGCAAAUUGGGCUCUGGACAGUUUGGUGACGUUUGGGAGGGUCUGUGGAAUAAUACAACUCCAGUGGCCAUUAAGACACUCAAAUCAGGCACAAUGGAUCCCAAGGACUUCUUAGCUGAAGCUCAAAUCAUGAAGAAACUGCGCCACACCAAGCUUAUACAACUUUAUGCCGUCUGUACGGUGGAAGAGCCUAUCUACAUUAUCACCGAACUGAUGAAGCACGGUUCAUUGUUGGAAUAUCUGCAAGCCAUUGCAGGCAAAGGUCGUAGCCUUAAAAUGCAAACGCUGAUCGAUAUGGCAGCCCAAAUAGCUGCCGGCAUGGCAUAUUUGGAGUCACAGAACUAUAUCCACAGAGAUUUGGCAGCACGUAAUGUGCUUGUCGGCGAUGGCAAUAUAGUGAAAAUAGCCGAUUUCGGUUUGGCCAGACUCAUCAAAGAGGAUGAAUAUGAGGCCAGAGUUGGUGCACGCUUCCCCAUCAAAUGGACAGCACCGGAGGCAGCAAAUUAUAGUAAAUUCUCGAUCAAGUCUGAUGUCUGGAGCUUUGGUAUACUGCUCACCGAAUUGGUCACCUAUGGACGCAUACCAUAUCCUGGUAUGACCAAUGCCGAAGUAUUAACCCAGGUUGAACAUGGCUAUCGCAUGCCAAUGCCACCCAAUUGUGAACAGCGUUUGUAUGAAAUAAUGCUUGAAUGCUGGCACAAGGAUCCAAUGCGUAGACCAACAUUCGAGACACUCCAAUGGAAACUCGAGGAUUUCUAUACAUCCGAUCAGAGUGACUAUAAGGAAGCGCAGGCUUACUGAUAAAUGCUUUAUGCGGCAACGGCCGGCACAAAGCGAACCAAGAUUAAGGAUCUAAUGGAAGUAGGCAGCAAGCAGCAAUGAUUAGCAUUAUGUGCAUGAGAAUAAUGAACGGACAAUUCUUAUCUAGUGGUGUAGUUUACAUGAGUUUUUGCACACAGAAAUCGCUAAGAGAAUGGGUUUGGGGGGAGGGAAUAACCCCCACAUCCCAUCCCAUCCCCCGUCAGCUCCCCUCUAUCUAUAUGCAUAUAUAUAUAUAGAAUUCAUGUUAUUUAGCAUUUAAGCGAGCAAAUUAGUGAUGUAAGUGAGAAAAGUGAGUGCAUGUAAAAUGAACAAGUCGUCCCCCCUUCCACCUUCCACCCCCCUUAAAUGUUUCUUAUAUAUAUGUUUUUUGUAUAUGUAUUUUUGAGAAAGCACACAAAAAC